AACAUCCAGUUGACAACCAAGUUUAACCGUCACGCGUACUCCUUACUGCUUUGUUUUGAGGAAGGCUCAGUGAAAUGAAUGUGCUCAUUAUAAUGUCGGCACAGUUUGUGUAGAGAGUAUCAUGAGGAUGGCAAAGGUUAUUGCUGCGACUUCUACUGGUCCAACUGCUGCCUCUGCUCCCGUCCGCCAAACAACACUGUGACAUCUUACACUACUGAAAAAGAGACAUCCCGCGUCAGCCUGCAUGCUCGGGCCCCUACUGCUUGCUCAGCCCUGUGAGAAUGCUGUGCAGAGUUCCGCGCUUACUUUGUUUCUUCAUGCCAUGCCCUCUGCCAUGUUAUGAUUCAGCAAGAAACUCUACCAAAUGCCAGUAUCAUGCUUUUUGACUUCCCAGUCUUCAAAACUCUGAACUACAGGGACUGUGAGAAGGCCGUGAGGAAGUACCACAUUGAUGGAGCUCGAUUUCUGAACCUGACGGAAAAUGACAUCCAAAAGUUCCCAAAGCUCCGGGUGCCGAUUCUCAGUAAGUUAAGUCAAGAAAUCAACAAGAAUGAAGAGAGGAGGAGCAUUUUCACACGCAAACCCCAAGUCCAGCGGUUUACCGAAGAGACAGAAAACCAUGAAGAGGACAAUGGGGGCUGGUCGUCCUUUGAAGAAGAUGACUAUGAAAGCCCCAACGAUGAUCCGGAUGGGGAGGAUGACGGAGACUACGAGUCUCCCAAUGAGGAGGAAGAGGCACCUGUGGAAGAUGAUGCUGAUUAUGAGCCUCCACCCUCCAAUGAUGAGGAGGCUCUGCAGAACUCCAUCCUGCCUGCCAAGCCUUUCCCCAGCACCAACUCCAUGUACAUUGACAGGCCUCCCGCCGGAAAAAAACCCCAGCAGCCUCCUGUGCCUCCCCAGAGACCAAUGGCUGCCCUUCCUCCACUGCCUACCGGCCGCAAUUACUCACCACUGCCCCCACCCCAGCCCAACCAAGAAGAGUCCAACAGAAGUCGAAACCACAAACCAGCAAAGUUGCCGGCUCCGUCUAUAGAUAGAAGAACAAAACCUCCCCUAGAUCGUUCUUUAGCCCCGCUGGACAGAGAGCCCUUCACAAUAGGAAAGAAACCAACAUUUUCUGACAAGCCCUCAGCUCCAGUGGGAAGGACUCCCGGGGACCAUUUACCCAAGAUACAAAAGCUUCCUUUACCACCAACCACCGACAGACAUGAAAGAAGUAGCCCCCUGCCAGGGAAGAAGCCACCUGUACCAAAGCCUGGAUGGGGAGUAGACAGAAGAGAUAAUGAUGAAGAUGAUGUACAUCAAAGACCUUUGCCCCAGCCAGCACUCAUUUCUAUGAGCUCCAAUACUUUUCCUUCAAGAUAUACUAAGCCAAACUCCAAGCACUCCUUCCCACCAUCUCACAUGCCUGGAGCUUUCUCAGAAAGUAACAAUAGUUUUCCACAGAGUGCCUCCCUGCCGCCUUACUUCUCUCAAGGCCCUAGCAACAGACCACCUCUCAGAGCCGAAAGCAGAAACUUUCCUUUGCCAGUUCCAAACAAACCUCAGCCACCAUCCCACGGGGAAGAGGAGAAUUCACUAGAUGAAGAGUGGUAUAUUUCUUAUAUUACCAGACCAGAGGCAGAAGCUGCUCUUAGAAGGAUAAACCAGGAUGGCACUUUUCUGGUUAGAGACAGCUCUAAGAAAACAACAGCCAAUCCAUAUGUCCUCAUGGUAUUGUACAAAGAUAAAGUAUACAACAUCCAGAUCCGUUAUCAGGAGCAAAGUCAAGUUUACUUGUUGGGAACUGGACUCAGAGGGAAAGAGGACUUUUUGUCUGUGUCAGAUAUUAUUGACUACUUUAGGAAGAUGCCACUUCUGCUCAUUGAUGGGAAAAAUCGAGGCUCCAGAUACCAGUGCACAUUAACACAUGCUGCAGGGUAUCCAUAGCAAGUCAGCCAUGCAAAUGCAACUUCCUCUUGCCUCUGUUGGCAACAUGGGAAGAUCAACCAACUUUGGUGAAUGGACUGAGAUGAACCUGUCAACAUCAACACAAGGGUUUUGUCCUUCCCUUUAUAAACAAUGUUUGAAAUGAAGACUGUCAAAUAUUCUAUAAUUUAUUUAUUCUUCUUUAAUGUUUGUAAAAUGCAAGCAUAAUAAUGUUCACAUUUGAAGUCUAGUAAUGCACUGAAGUACUUCAUUUUAAAAAGCAGACAUGUAUUUUUGAAUACCCAUUUCAAAGUGUAAUAGUUUAUACAGCUAAAGAAAUAAAUUGGGACAAGUUUGAAAACACUUAGAUGAUAAUAGUUUUUGGUAUCAUCUAAAACUGAUUAUUUUAGAGUCAAACUUUGUCAGAGGCAAUUAUUAAUUUUUAUAUAAUUUUAAAAUUACUAUAAUUCUUUUUCUCAGCAGGAGUAAUUUCAGAGACUUCAAAAAUAUAAUUUCAUUCUUUCUUAUUUGGUGAUUUUUGCUGGGGGGAUUUUUGUGUACU